AACAACUGCUUUCAGACACUGCACUGUUUACCGUCGGUUGCAGCGCUGCUGCUGCUAGCCAAGUUAACCCAAACACUUACAACUCCGUGUUCUGCUAUUGGUACGCGACCGAUUGCUAGUUAACAUUUAGGUCAGCGCACGAAGCUGAAAGGGUCCGAUCGCCCGUGGUCGGCAGACUUUGAUUGAUCGGAGCGCUUAUAAGCCAUGGCAGCAGAGCAGGAAGCGAUGGAGGUUGAUCUAACUAAGGAGGGCGGCGAGACGGAGGAGCAGCAGCCGGCUGUGCCUCUCAGCCUGAACCUGCUGAGCACCAUCAAGACAGCGCAAGCGCAAAACGGUUUGAGGCACGGAGAUUACAUGCGCUACAGGAAACACUGCGCGUCCAAGCUGCAGUCGCUCUAUAAGGUGCUCAAAAUGCAGCACGGUCGCACCAAGUAUGUGAAGCGCAAGCUGGACGUUCCGAACGUCACGGACGUCAGGCACCUUCAGGUGCCGCUGUUUAGCGCCGAGCGCGCCUGGUCGCAGGCAAUGGAGCUGAAGAAGGAGGCGGAGGUGCGCGGCAGCGCCGGCGCCGCCGACCCGCGCAAGCGCCAGCACCUCAUCCGCCGCUUGUCCAAGGCGGUGCUGUGGGCAACGGAGCUGGCUCGCUUCGCCGCCGAGCGCGCCGACACGCGCGGCGCCCUGGAGGCGGAGGCCUACUGCAGCUGGAUGGCGGGGCAGCUGAUGCUGGAGCGCGAGAGCGACUGGGAGGCGGCGCUCGCAAAGUUCAGCAGGGCCAAGAAGCUGUGGCAGGAGCUGGCCAAGGCCUGCCCGGACCUGGAGGGACAGAGCCUGUGCCUGGCGCAGGUUGAGGAGAUGGAGCCCAACAUCCGCUACUGCAACUAUCGCAUCAGCCGGGCCGGCGGCGCCGUGCCCGCCGACCCCGCCGAGCUGAUGGCGCUGGGCGGCGGCGGCGACACGGGCGCACUGCCGGGGCUAGACCUGCUUCAGUCCAAGCUGGCGGCUCUGGCUCAGGAGGCGCAGGUGGCGCAGGCCGCCGCCACCUCCUACUUCGAGUGGAUGGGCGCACGCCACCCGGUCCGCAACGAGCGCGUGAAGCUGGCGCUGCACCAGGCCGGGGAGUUCGGCACCCAGGCCGACCAGGCCGCCGCGGAGCAGGCCGCCGCGGCUACAGCCUCGGCCUCCGGUGCUGCUACAGCCAUGGACACGGGUGCGGGCGACGCGCUGGACGCCCGGCUGGCGCUGUAUGACAAGGCCAUCAACGCGCUGGCGGAGGCCAAGAGCCACGUGCGCAACGCGGUCAAGGGGCUGGCGGGCCCGGACGCGGAGGCGCACUUCAAGGAGCUGGAGGCGCUGGAGGUGGCGGUGGAGGGCGCGCGGCUGCAGCGCACGGUGGAGCGCGCGCAGGCGCACCUGGAGCACACGCGCGCGCGGUUCGCCGCGGGGCUGCAGCGCCUGGCGCUGGGCAAGAAGAUCAAGGACAAGGAGCGGCACGCGCGGCCCGAGGAGGUGGUUCGUGUGCUGGACCUGCUGGGUCGCCACCUGGAGGACCUGGCCGACCUGGGCGCGCGACUGGGCGGCAGGGCGGGGGAGGCGCUGCACGAGGCGGCGGCGGCCAGGGCGACUGCGGCGCGUGCCAUGCGCGUGUAUCAUGUGGCGCACGCCCUGCUGGCCGCCGCGCCCGCCGCCGGCUCCGACGCCGCCGCCGCCGCCCCCUCCUCCUCGGGUCCCAGCAAGGCCCUGGAGUCGUACGCGCUGUUCUCUCGGGCGCAGCAGCGGGCGGCGGAGGCGGCGGAGUCGCUGAAAGGCCUCGCCGGCGGCGACGCGGCGGCGGGCGUGCUGCUGAAGGGCCGCGAGGCGCUGCUAGCGGAGCUGGCGGAACUGGGGCGCCAGGCGGCGGCAUACAAGGCGGUGGCUCAGGCGGAGCUCGCGGCAGCUGACCUGAAGGCGCGCGAGGAGGUGGCGAGCGGCGUGGGCGGCAUGUCGCUCACAGCCGAGCAGCAGCAACAACAGCAGCAGCAGCAACAGCAGUACUUGCUCGACAACCUAGACAAGUGGGAGUCCUUUGCCGGCGGCGCCGCCGCCACGGCGGCGGCUGGCGCCGCCAAGGCGCCGCCGCGGCUGUACAACGCGCCGUACGAGUACGGCGCCAUUGCCGUACGGCCGAUCAUGCUUGACACGGCCAGCAACUGCCUGGCCUACCCCAGCCUGGAGCACCGGCUGCGCAAGCCGGAGAAGAAGAGCGUGCUGUCGUCUCUGUUCAGCUGGCGGCGGUGAGGAGCAGGAGGAGCAGGAGGCGGAGGAGGCGGCGGUGAGGAGGAGGAGCAGGAGCGUGCUGGUUGGGAGGAAGGUCGUGGUGGGGAGGAGAGGAGAAUGUUGGGGCGUGGUUGCGGGGUGGUUUCCAACGGCGUGGCUGUGGUGUUGCGCCGGUGGGUAGGUUGAUGUGGGCGGGUGGUGCGCGGGUAUGCGCGGCGAGUGGUGGUGGCGGCGUGGGGCAUGGCUAGCAAGCACCAGGUUUGCAGGCGGUGACGGGGGGCAGCUUAGCUGCCAGGGAGGCUGUUGGAAUGACUCGGGUGAAUGUGUGCAGGCGUGAUGCGCAGGAGUCGGUCCAAUAAGGCUGAGCAAGCCAGCACUCCGCAGAGCGUGACACCUGUUAACGAGGUUGCCUGCUGCGGGUUCUUCAUCGUGACGUGUCCGCCUCGCUGCGUUCCCGUGUGCUGAGACGGCAGUCGGCCACUCGGCCUGAACGUAGCGCAAUCAGCUUGACCAUCUCUAAUGUCAGGGCGCGAGUUCCUCUGAUGCACAUGCCCGCAGUCGCCAGAACUCAGUUGGGGCUCCUGGAUGUAAUGGGGCUCCUGG